UUAUAAACUCUUUUGUUUCAGAAACUUAAAACAUCUAGGUAAAAAAGAAAACAAAAAAUAAUAUAUUCAUCAUGUUUUUUAAGUAAAGUUUAACAACUAUGGAUGGUGUCGGCGUUGAUGAUAAAUUAUCCGAUCGUUUAUUGCCGCAAGUAAGUAUUUUUUCGAACAAAAAGGAUCACACAUCAAUAGAUUUCUUAGAAAUAAACGACUCCGGCCAAAAGUGUUUUGGCCAACGAUCUGAUGUUGAACGUGUUUUAGACACUCGCUGCAUUUGUUUGCGAUCAAAAUGUUUACAUUUAUCUGGAACGCUUAUACUUUUAUGCAUAAGUGGUAUUGUACUAGUAUUUUUUUUUAGAAGGUAUAUAAACGAACUAUUAGAAUGGCUUCAACACCUAGAUGGCAGGGUUAGCGGCCUUUUGUUUGUUUUAAUGUUCACCAUAGUUUCUUUUCCAAUGACUUGGGGCUAUAUUCUUCUUAAUGUAGCUGCAGGAUAUUUAUACGGAUUUUUUAUAGGUCUUGCUACAGUUACUGUUUCAGUUUUAAUUGGGGUUACAACAUCUUUAAUCAUUUGUAGACUUUUUAUUAGAGGUUUUCUAAAAUCGAAAUUAGAAUCUGAACACUUAAAAGCAAUAAUCAGAGUGGUUGAAAGCAGACGUGGCUUUAAAGUUGUAUUUCUGACACGUUUGACUCCAAUACCGUUUGGUUUGCAAAAUGGUCUUUUUGCUAUUACUAAUAUGGACCUUUCCAAGUGUCUGAUUGCUUCUUUUGCCGGAUUGUUACCAACUCAAGCAUUAAAUGCGUAUAUGGGUUCCUCAUUGCGAACAAUAGAAGAUGUUGUACAUCAUAAUUCUCCAGGAGGAUAUUUCAUUUUUGCUAUUCAGGUUGGCAUUAGCGGAUUUCUAAUGUGGUACGUCAUCCGUCGUGCUAGGUAUGAACUAAAUAAAGCCUGUUUAGCGUCAGACUACGAAAAGGCACUUGAUGAUCUUUCCGCGUCAAAUAAAGGCUUGCUGAAAGUUACUAGUAGUGUUUUUGAAAGUAAAAAACCGUUCACGGAAAAUUUUGUAAAUGGCGAUAAAAUAAGUAAAAAAGGUCACAAAAGAGCACAAUCGGCUUCUGCAGUUCUUUACGCACUAGAUAAUGAUACCUUUUAAGAAUGAAAUUUUUAUGAAUUAGUACCAAUCAUUUUGAUGGUUUAAUUGUGUCGAAUCAUUUAAAAGUCUUUGCUAAAUUUGUGAAGGAAAAAAAAAAGCUCUCUUUAAAAAUAUAUAGUUAUGAUAUAUUUAGAAAACUAUGUAAAUAAUUUUUUUAUAUUUUGAAAUCUUCAGAGUUUAUAAUCUUUGAAAAUUAUGUAUUAGAUGAUUAGAAAAUUGAUUAAUAGUUGAAUAACUGAAUUGAA